AGUCAUGUUCAUACUGGUCAGAAUAGGGAGUAGUGAGCAAGAAUGUCACGUGACCACUUCUUAGAAGGAGCAAGAAUGUCACGCGCAGAAGCUGGUUGCAGACUGGUUUACAAUGCGGAGAAGUGGCAGAAUAUGAAGGAGAGGGAUUUUGGAGCAGAGGGGGGAGCGCAGCGGAAUGGAGAAGAGAAAGGUGGAGCGCGGUGGAACAGAGACGGCGCGGUGGAACAGCGGCUGAGCGACGGAGGAACCACGCGAGACGAGUUGCAGUGGGAACGGCGCCUUCGAGCAGUGGCGGAGACGAGCUCAGCGGAGACGGCGGCUUCGAGCAGAUGCGACGGCAGCGCUGAUCUCACUCUUUGUGGCGGUGGGGAGAGAUUACUCUAACCUAGGGUUGUGUUUUGGGGAAUGAUGAAGAAUCGCGGAGCCGCGGACGACC